GAGAAGAAGUACUAUCUUGCCUACCUAAAAUUGAUAGGAGCUCAGCCUGAAUGUUAGAUGUUCUUGAAGAAAUACGUGGAAUGUAGAAUGGAGAGUACCAUCAUGGGUGCCGGCGGCAGAAUGACAAAGAAGGAGCGGGAGAAGCAGGAGCUGCUCGGCCGCGCUGGCGCUUGUGAGAUCUUCCAGCGUGCGCCGACGGACAAGCCAGCGUUCACGCUGGCCCAGGUCAAGAAAUCAAUCCUGCCUCAUUGCUUCCAGCGCUCGGUGAUCAAGUCCUUCUCCGAUGUGGUCUAUGACCUCAUCAUCAUCGCGUCUCUCUUGUACGCCGCGUUGGUCUGGAUCCUAGCACUCCCGAGCAUGCAACAGCUGGGCACCUGGCCGCUCUACUGGGUCGUGCAGGGCUGCGUCAUGAACAGCAUCUGGGUAAUCGCCCACGAGUGCGGCCACCACGCCUUAUCCGACUCUUGCUGCUCGACAACAUGGUCAGAAGCUCAUUAUCGUCUUGUCUAGCAUUGCUAUUAUUCUGAACCUGGUCUGGCCUCAAAAUAAACUGAAAUAGGGGAGUUGUUGGUCAAACAAAUGAUUAUGCAUGUUUGGACACUCACUUUUCUGCACUUUAGUCAUCUUUAUGGUUUGGGUUCAUGAAUAAUCAGUGGUUGGCAUCAUUUUAUAUUUGCACCGUUUGAGUGUCGAUUACAGUAGGUCUACAUUUUUUAGUCAAAGUGUUUUUAUGUUACUUUGUUCUUUCAGUUUUUUGUUGGUAGUUUAUUCAAUUUGUAUGCUUGGGAUUUUUUUGAUUGACGGACCUAGAAGCUGAUGCAAUAAUGCAUGAACUAUAUUCCGCCCUUUUUAUUCCCAAGGUAUAGUUCUCAAAUUUUGAUGCUAUAAACAUGAAUACACGAGGGAGAGUAGAGAAUAUGACAAAGUUAGAUGAGAUUUGUAGUGAAAAGCUUUCUUUCUCUUGUUUACCUACAUAUCUUGAUUGCAUGAUUAAUUCUUUUGGUGGAUGUUAGAAAUCCAAAUACCCCUUAAUAGGAAGCUUGAAAGUUCGGUUUUCUGAUGGUGAGUUACGUGUGGUUUCAGGGUUAUAGAUGCCACAAGGCUUGCCUAACAAGGGUGGGUUCCCUGAAAGGGAAAGCUUGCCAACCAAAAGGUGGUUCUUUCUUCUGUUAAUUGUUUUGAUCCUCUUUUUUUAUUUAUGCAAAAAGGAAUGGUAUUGCUUAUGUUCUCUGAUGAACUGUACCUUGAAUUCUUGAUUUUGUAAUUCACUGAAGAACCUUCCAUCACAAACUCUGUUCAUUGAGAACUUUACCUAGAUAUGCUAAAGCUUGCGCACUGAUAUUUGUUGUUCAGUUAGCGCUGGAGUUGUGCAACCCCCAUGUAGUUUUAUGAUGUGUCAAAAACUGAAAAUUAUUGAUCCUUAUCACUACAGAUCAUUUCAAGAGCUCGGAGACUGAUACGUCUCCAACAUAUCUAUAAUUUUUGAUUGCUCCAUGCUAUAUUAUCUACUGUUU